GCCAAAUCCUCGUGGGAGCCACCAGUACUCGAGAACGCUGCCUUCGAGGAGUACUAUAAGGUGCAGCAAAUUGUCCACAAGGAGGAGUGGGAUGCCUUCAUGAGUGUCCUACGGACACCAUUACCUGCAACUUUCAGGAUCAACGCCUGGUAACGUUGGUUACUCUGAGACGAAAGCAGGGUUGCCACUUAGGUCUUCCUUUAAUUAUUCGAUUCCUUGGUUUUCGUAAUUCCACACAGACCACUGUCAUCGAUGAUAUUCGCGUGCUUUUGAACUUGAUGCCCAUCUCUCCUUCUCUUCCGGGGCCCAAAGCCUUUGGUUAUCAAAAGCUGGCUGCUCCAUGACUUGUAUAUCUGGUUAAUCUGCCAUUGAAGUAGUCAUGUCCGAGGGUUCAUUGGAUAGUUCAUUUGCAAUCUGUGUUUUAUGUUAAUCCAAUAAAAAAACCUGCACUUCUAAAUUACUCUUAGGAAUAUGAGUAAACCAUCCACUUAAUUGUUACUUACUAUUAGACUCAUGCAGUUUUAUGGUAACUUCAGGGGAGCCAUUAACAAACCUUACAGUAGGCUUAUGCAAAACUUUGUUUAUCCUGCUAUUCUCACAAAGACUGAAUUUGGUUUUGCAUAUUUGGUACAUGAAUACAUUAAUUCAUCUUUUACUAUUGCUUACCAUGUAAGCUGAAGGUUAACACUUUACUUCUCUUUUCAGUUGCCAGUUUUAUAAAGAUAUUUGCUCAAAGUUGGAAAAUGAUUUUAGGCGAUAUUUGGAGAGUGAGUAGUGAGUAUGGAGAAGAUGCUAUCAGGCCCCUGCCUUGGUAUCCAGGCAAUCUUGCAUGGCAUCUGAAUUUCUCUCGGAAGGAACUGAGGAAAAAUCAGGCACUUGAGAGUUUUCAUGAGUUUCUAAAGCAUGAGAGUGAGGUUGGUAACAUAACUAGGCAAGAGGCUGUUAGCAUGGUUCCACCAUUGUUUCUGAACGUACAACCUGAUCACCAUAUUCUUGAUAUGUGUGCUUCUCCAGGCUCUAAAACUUUCCAGUUACUCGAGAUGAUUCACCAAUCAAAAGAACCAGGACUACUUCCAGGAGCAUUGGUGAUGGCCAACGAUCUCUACGUGCAAAGAUGCGAUCUCCUUAUCCAUAAUACAAAGAGAAUGUGCACCGCCAACCUAAUAGUAACAAACCAUGAAGCACAAAACUUCCCCGAUUGUUCUCUUGCAAAUGAUUAUUCAGAAGCUUAUAAGGAUACCUGCAAGCCACAAGGUUUAGAAUUCGACCGCAUACUUUGUGAUGUUCCCUGCAGUGGUGAUGGGACUAUUCGCAAGGGUCAUGAAAUGUGGAGAAAAUGGAACUCAGGCAUGGGGAACCAACUUCAUCUUCUGCAAGUGAAUAUUGCUAUGCGUGGUAUUGCGUUACUUAAAGUGGGUGGAAGAAUGGUCUAUUCUACCUGUUCAAUGAAUCCUGUUGAAAAUGAAGCUGUUGUAGCAGAGCUCCUUCGAAGAAGUGGAAACUCUGUUGAACUCCUUGAUGUUUCUAGUGAGCUGCCUGAAUUGGUCCGGCGUCCUGGGCUUAGCACUUGGAAGGUACAAGAUCGAGGAUCUUGGUUUCAGACUCAUGAUGAUGUUCCACAUGAUAGGAAGAAUUUAGUAUUGCCGAGCAUGUUUCCUUCAAGUAAUGGCACUGAGGAAAGCCAUACUAUGCGUGGUGAUGUUGAAGUGAAUAUAGAUAAUAGGAGCAGCUUCUUAAGAAAUUGCAACAUUGAAGAAACAAGCAAAAUUAAUCAUGAUACGGAUGGACUUUCUAUCAAUUCCAAUAAAAAAUUGGAUUGUACUUCUAACAUUCUGAAUUCAAAAUUCCCACUGCAUCGGUGCAUGAGGAUUGUUCCUCAUGACCAAGACAGUGGGGCGUUUUUCAUCGCAGUUCUUCAUAAAUUGUCUCCCUUGAAUGGCUGUCAGAUACAGGGCACUAAAAUUCAGCACCCACUUGCAAAAGGCAUAAUCGUGCAACCUCAGAAAGAACAUGAGCCAGAAACAAGACUAUACGAAACUAUUUUGACACGCCAACAGAACAAUGUUUCUAAAGUUGUUGAUGCUGCUGAAGUGCUGGGUAGGCAACAGAAUUUAAGCAUAGACAACCAAACUUCAAAUGAUAACUCAACUGAAGUUGAAAUGGUUUUCAAUGAUGUAGAAAGCAGUCGAGCAGAAUCAGGCGACAUGCAGUUGCAAAAACAAAGCAGGUGGAAAGGGGUCGAUCCUGUACUAUUUUUCAAAGAUGAAGUGGUGAUAAAGAGCAUAAUAUCCUUCUUUGGCAUCAAGGAAUCGUUCCCACUCCAAGGUCAUCUGGUGACUAGAAGUACUGAUAAUGCAAGAAGAAUAUAUUAUGUAUCAAAAUCGGUUAAAAAGAUUUUGGAGCUGAAUGGAGAAGUUGGUGAGCAGCUUAAGAUCGUUUCACUUGGUAUAAAGAUGUUUGAAAGUCAUAGAUCGAAGGAUUGCUGUUCAUGUGCAUAUAGAUUGUCCUACGAGGGCUUAUCACUACUGCUUCCAUACGUCAGCAAGCGGAUACUAUAUGCAUCUCCACUGGACUUCCACCGACUUUUACAGUACAGAAGCAUCAACUUUGCUCAUUUUGUUGACGCCAGAUUUGGGGAGGAAGCUGCAUCCUUGAUGCCCGGUUGCUGUGUUGUAGUGUUACUUGAAGGGCAUAAGCAUGUAGAUUCUAUUUGUAAGGAUCCCUCCACAAUUGCAAUUGUUUGCUGGAGAGGGAAGGGGACUAUGAAUGUCAUGGUUUCUCCUCCGGAUAGGAAGGAUCUGCUUGAAAGGAUGGCAUAUCGCUUCGGUCUUAAAGCCUGUACGGAGGAAGAUUAGAAAUCUUGUCGUAAGAUUAAUUGAUCGGACCAGGGGAGAUGAUAACAGCAUUGAGACUGAGAAUCAAGAACCUCUAGCUACAGGUAAUUCAUCGUAUACAGAGGAACUGACAUAGCACGUCAGCAUGCUGUUGGAGAGUUGGGGGAUGCUGAAGAGUUCUUUAGGCCAUCCAAAUAGUAUCCAUUGACUUCCAAUCUUUAGUUCUGUGCUAUUCUUGCGUGUAAACAAGUCAUUUCCGAUGCAGAAGCAAAUCUACUGUUAUCUGUGUUUCACAUUAUUAGUUCGGUCCGUAUAACUUGAGGUUCAAAA